GGAAGAACAUCGAGUUGUUGGAAGAACAUCGAGUUGUUGGAAGCCUCCUGCAAACCCGAAACAUUUCCACCCCACAUUUGUCGGGUCCCUGAUCACCAUGAAGACAACACUGCUGCUCUCUGUACUGUGCGCUGUCAUGGCGGCGGCUGCGUCUCAAUCUUGUGGAACCUGUGCUACUGAUGAGUUUUGUAACAAUAGUACUAAUACCUGUCAGUGCAAUUCAACUUUCUACACAUUUACACCAGGAAGCCCUCCAUCUCCAAAUUUUAAUUGUACCGGAGCAAUGUUCAAUAUACAAGUGUCAAAAUGUUGGUUGGAAGAACAAGGUUAUAAUACGUCUGAUAUCAGGUUGAACGGCACCGACCCCAAGUGUUUCGCAGUAAAUCAGAAUGUGAAUGGAAUAUCGGAGAUGACCCUUCAGCGUCCAUUGGUGACCUCUGACUGUAACACGGUUCCUGCGAUGAAUGCAACCCAUGUCAUGUACACAAACCAGCUGUAUAUUUUUGGCAAAACAGACCCAAUCAGAAUAACAAAUGAUGUCGUCAUGAAUAUUUCCUGCUCCUACCCACUGAAUAUGAAUGUUGCUCUUAAUGUGACAUUGCACCCAAUAAUUGGGAGCACAGAAAUAACCGGCCCUUCAGGAAAUGGAAGUUAUACAGCCGUAAUGCUGGCCUUUAAAGAUAACACAUAUACCACCCCUCUCUCCGACUCCGACACCCUGACAGUGGAAGAUCCUAUUUACCUUUCAGUGAGAGUAUCAGAUCUAGAUGCCACCGCCUUCAAACUCAAAGUGGUUAAUAUUUAUGCCUCUCCUACCAAUUCAAGCAACCAAAAGUACUAUCUUCUUGAGAACGGGUAAGUACACAGUGCGCUG